AUGCGCACCCCUAGCCUCUGCCCCCGAGAGGCUAGCAACCGGGCCUGCCGGCGUCUGAUUGGCUGCGCAGUGCCCGGCAGAGCUGCCGAAGGCGCCACCUGUUACGGAUUAAAUCUCAUGUGCCAAGUCCCGGAGCACGAGGCCGUGCAAGCUAUGUUCUGCCGCAACAUGUGUCGCUGCCUGUUUCCCCGGGGCGCUCCUCGGGAGACCCGGGGCGCCCACGCGAGACUCUCCCCACCUGGUGAGUGGUUGGCCAUCCUUGCCCGAAAGGAUGUGCAAAACGAAGACUACAGCCCUUCGAGGUUGGGCUCCGUCCUCCUGGCCAUGCCGAUGACAGACGCCGGGGACCUUCUCCUGCAGGCGGCCACCUCGCCUGGUCCCCGAGUGUCGGGUCUCUUCAGGGAUGACAUCAUCCGUUCACCUCCUUGUCUUCAAGGACCACCUCUCGAUGCCAUGCUGCUGCCAAGUUUGGUAGGGUCAGUCCUUUCCCGCCUCGUCACGUGUCUCACUCUUCUCGUUUAUUCUCCCACAGCGCUCCAGGCAGCCCCUCCCCACGGGGCUCUCCUUGCACCAGCCAAGCUUCUCGAAAGGCCUGUCUACACUCGCUGUCUUCCUUCCUCACCUCCAAUUUUCUCUUCAACCCACUGCUUCCUGACUUGUUCUGCUCCAUCGAACAGCUCUCACUCAGGUCAGCCCUGUCCCUGGCACGCGGGCCGCAACCUGGUUGGGUCGGCCGGAGAACCAGACGGAAGAGGCAGGAGAAGCCCCCGGAGGAGCGCCACCCUGCACCCAGCCUUCCUUCCCGAUGCUCGCCUGGCGUCUCGCGCCCAGCGCUGUGCCUCUCCGCUCCUUCCUGGCUCCGGUCGAAGCCGCCAUCUGGAAUUCUCCGUGGAAGAGACCUCGACGCGCGACCCGGCACCCUCCGGCUUUCAAAUCGGCAGACUAGGACGGAAGUGCCCUUGUGAGCUGGGGGGCCCUUCAAAGGGCCGAGGAAAAAACGCGGGCCGAGGGACCAGCCUCUCAAACGGGCUUCGAGCUCCAAUGACCUUCGCUCACCCCCUUGAAAUGUCUGGAAAACAGAAUGGGCAGAUUUUCUGUCUUCAAAGUUUCCGGCUAAGUCUCUUCAAGUUCUUUAUUGUUUGGGACUGAGACACUCAGCAAUGGUAAUGGGUAGUUGCUUUUGUAUCGGCCUUGAAAGGCCCAAAUAUUUUCAUAUUGCUACAGACAAAGCCGUCUAUUUAGAAAUGAAUGCCAUGUCUGUCGUUUCCCACUGGGGAGACUGUGUACAACGUGUGUGUCUCUGUGUACUCGAGGGUCUUGAAACAGGUUUCUCAUGGGGAUGCCCAUUCACCGGGGUCCAGGGGGAAGCACCAGGGAAGAGUCCAGGGGCCCUAACUGCAUACCUGUCCCGGUUUGUCUAGGACGUGAGCCCCGGGAGGGUCUGGCUGCACUAACAUCUACUCUGCCUGUGCCUGAAUGUGUCAUGUGUAUGUGUUAAGGACUGUGGGGCGCGCACACCUUGGUGACCAGCUUGGUGGGAGGAGGCAGAAAGGUCGAAGACUGUGGACGUUCCGUUUGUCUUGUUGGGAGGUCAUUUCACUGGUAUCUCUUACGUGGUCCAAAUAAGCGAAUGGAUGGAUGAAUGAAUGAAGGCACCGGGGCACGAAUAAACAAAUAACUAGGUGGGGAAGUGAAAAAGCCAGGAUGAGAGUACAAUGAGCACGAUCCCAUUCGAUGCCUAGGAGAUUGAUACAGGAAACCAACAAAAUAUCGAAUCACCGUGUAAAGAGAGCCACACAAGAACCAGUAUCCAGUCACCACGGACCAAGGCGUACGUGUGAUUCAGAUAGGUAGCCCCUUAGGUCUAUCGUAAGAGAAUAAGACCCGAAUGGAAGCAAGAAUGAGUAGGAAGGGGAAAUGCAGAAAGCAGUGGUGGACAGGACCGUACCGUACGCUUAAACCUUUGCUAAGAGGCUAGAUCUCACGUGAAGCGUCCGUAGCAGAAAAGAUGGUAAAAGGAGUGAUCAGUCAGGGCGGGAGGAAGCUGUCGGAGGUGACGGAUAGGCUUAUGACAAAAGAUCGUGGUGCUGGGGUCCCGGGCGACGCUUCUCUCCAGAUUCACCAGGUUGCGUACGUUAAGUAGGUACGGCUUUCUGUAUGUCAAAGCAAAGUUAAAAUGAAAACGAAUAAAGAGAAGGCCACUGAGAGAACUCGCACUGUUGACGAUGAGAGCAGGAACCUCAUCAGGAUGAGAAGGUUCGAGAAAGAGGGAGCAGGUGUUUGGGAGGGAGAGCGAGUGCGGCAAAACGCAAACAGUGAAGGAAAGGAAGAAGGGUAAUUUCCUUGGACGAGGGGGUGAACACAUACACAAGGAGGCCUGUGUCAGGUUAUUGUAAACCAAGCAUGACGACGAGUCCCCCACGUACGUGCUCCUGGCAUAAGAAUAAGUAAGUGGCAGAGAAGGAGUUCAAAGAAUCGUUAAAAAGAGAGAGAGAGGACCCAGGACACCAGAGAAGAGAGUUAACUUCUACCAAAAGUUUUCUAACUCCGGGCACACAUAAAUAAAUCAAUCCCAAAAGGAGAGAAAGCCAAAGAGAAAGAGGGAGAGAGGGAGAGAGCGAGCUCACGGUGGAAAUGCCUGGACCCAGAUGGGAGCACAGCGUGAGGGGCUUGUGGUGUCGUCCGGUGCUGGGAGCUGAGCCUGUCCCCCGAAAGGGUAAAAGAAAGAGAGAAUAAAGUAAAAUUAUCUAAAUAAAAAUCAAGCACGGAAGGAAAAGUCACAGACGGUUGGUCCAGAAACACAUUAAUGGGUGAAUAAAUUCAGGCAGGAAGGCAGUGGUAGGAUUACUGAUAGGAGACUGUCAUGCGUCCAAGCUCAUGGUUAGUCCGUUCUCCAAGCCGUGGUGCUAUCGAUAAAAUAAGGAGUCUCUAAAUAGACAAGUCAGUCUCCAGAGAGACACCCGGGGUGGAUGGAGUGAAGGGUGCCGGGCCCCGCAGGAGCACCUGCUGGGUGUCGGCAGGGUGGUAAUUCAUCUCAUCUGGGCACCCGAGCACCAGGAGAAGGCAGGCAGGGGAGUGGGAGGGGAGAAGGGAGAGAAGCAGAGCUGGGGCAGGUGGUCACAGGGUGGCGGCGACUAAAUGGCUAGGUGGGAGGUCCACGGGGGAGGGCAGGCUCAGACUGUGGAUUGUAAUCGGUCCAGGUCUGAGCACUCACCCCAUUAGUAGUGGAGUAAGUACUGAGAAAGAGAAAGAAAACAAGGAAGGGAGAAUGAAUGGAAGGA